CUGAACUGGGGCACUUUUACUUGCCUCCCAACCAAAGGAGAUUUUCCCUCUCUAUUGGACACAAUCAUCAUAUGAUUUGAUCCACAGUCUCGAAAUCUCAAUACAUUUCAAAGUCAUUCUCAUGGCAGUAUCACAUUGAAUACAAUCUUGUUGUGUGCUGUUGCUAAAGAAGUGCUCCAAGUGUUGACUUUUUCUUCUCAAUUUACGGGCCAAUUUUCACCCAAAAACUGUGAAGAAGUACCUGAAGAAAUGGAUGGUGUACUAUUUUUGAUAAUUAUUCCAACGAAGAAAGAAGAAGAAAAUCUCAAUGAUAACAGUGUGUCCUUCUUUAGUAAAGAUACCUUACCCCAUGGAGAUGGAAAGAAGAACAAUCAUGAAAACAUAUUGGAGCAAGUGGAUGAGGGCGAUGCUGAAUCAUCUCCAACAGAAAAAUUACUUAAGCAGCACCAAAAAGCAACAAUUGAUCCGAAUAAGAAAAAGAAAGAAGAGAAAUUGGUCGAUGGCUUUCAGCAGAAAGAGAAUAAUGCGAAGAAUGCUCCUUUAGUGGAUUUCAGUGAAUUGAAAAUUCCGUUGGAAUCACCAAUGGAGCGAAUACUUGAAGAGAUAAUUUCAAGAGCAAAGAUUAAUGGAGCUACCUGGACUGAGGUGCGUAAGAGCCAAAAAUGGCAAAUAAUGUUUGCGUUGGAAAAUGGAAGGACAUGCGAUCAGGUUACACAAUGGCUGAAUGAGUGGGGUGUUGGGUAUCGUGAAGGAUCCACUGUGAUUCUCACACCGUGCACGGUUCACGAUUUUUCUACAAAUCCAGAGAGUCGUACGACCUCGCAGCUGGAUCUGUCACAUAAAGAGGGCAUGUGGGAGAGAUUUGUAGCAUCGGUCACAGCGCGACUCAAUGUAGCACAACUGGUGGAUCAAGUGAGGGUAAAUGCUGAGAUUCGAUUUGAUUUCGUAACACUCAUCAUCGUUGCUGCGAUCCUCGCUGGAUUUGGUUUAGUUGAGAACAAUUCACUCUUCCUCGCUGCCAGUAUGCUAAUCUCACCCCUGAUGGGUCCUAUCGUAGCAGCUACUUUCGGGACAGUCAUCAAAGACAGGCAACUUACAAAGUUAGGAGUUACAAAUGAGAUGCUGGGAAUACUCCUGGCGACUCUCGUGGGAUUCUUUUUCGGUAUCAUUGUUUGCAUUUCGGAUGGAUACUACGGUUUGCAGGAUGGCCUAACUCGUGAAAUGCUCAGUCGAUGUGAGCUUCAUUCCCUCGUCGUUGGAAUCCUUAUUGCCCUUCCAUCAGGAGCUGCAGUAGCAAUUGGGAUUCUCGGAGAGAACGCAGGUUCCCUAGCUGGUGUAGCUAUCUCAGCUUCUCUUCUUCCACCGGCUGUUAAUUCGGGCUUUCUAUGGGCCGUGGCGGCAUUUUACAAUCUUACUGGCCAAGGAAGCAAUCAACGUUUUAGUGAUCUCGUAAAGACAACUCAGUACUCCAAUAAUGCCUUUACAGAACUCAUCCUUCAGGCUACUGUCAGCCUUGGGGUGACACUCACAAAUGUUAUUUCCAUCUACUUGAUGGGUGUAUUGAUUUUAAGGAUUAAGGAAGUUGCUCCCAUGGUCACGAAGAACCACACACAUUUCUGGAAGCAUGAUAUUAAGAUAGCACGAGACUACAACAAAACCUGCCAUUUUGAUGAUGCCCAAUCCCUACGCCAGAAACUCGAGAGAGAAAUUGAAGGUUUUGAGGCAAAAACGGAAAAUCAUGGAAGUGGCGUUAGAGCUGAAAUCAUCAGGAGAGUUAGCAGAGGAGCUCUCCCCUUUAAUGUGUACAACCAAAAUACCUGGAGUACUCUGGGACAGCCUCAAAAUCCACGCCCUACAAUACAAGAUAUUGAGGCUCUCUACAGAGAUCCGAAUGUUUACCCAAAGUACCCAUCUGAGCGUGGUCGUGGGAGCUUCCUCAUUAGUGAAUCCCGCGAUACAGGCCCAUUUCGAAGAAGCUCCAUGCCGGCUUGGACGAAAACCCAGGCAAAGCCAAAUCUAUUCAAAAAACUCGAUAAAAUCACGGAAAUGACCAACGUGCAAGAUGCCCAGAGUACGCCCAGUAGCACGAAGAAAACUUUCACUGUACUUUCAGUUGAAGGCACAGAUAAUGUUGAAUUGAAAGAACAAUAAAAUACUUUAUCAAUUAAUCCAUUUACUAUAUAAAGUAAUUAAUGAAUUUAAUGAAUGACUUCAUAAAUGGAUCAUACAGCAAUCCUGAUUGUGUGAGUUAUUGGGAUCGUUAUUGGGAUUUUACUAAAAAUCUUGAUCCCUGAAAGGACAAUAGCUGGGUGUUCUUGCUACGGCGGAACAUUACUACCUAAAGAACGAUAUCUAGAGCUUUGAAAAUAAUUGUAUGGAAAAAGGAAAAAAUGGAAGCAUCGAAUUUCAUAUUGAAAAUCUUUAAUCAUUAAAAAUGUAUUUUGUUGUGCAAAUAUUAUGAAUUAUAAUUAUUUUAAAACUGA